AUGCCCCAGCACCAAAGACGGUCUCGCACGGGGUGCGACGAAUGCCGCCGCCGGCACUGGAAGUGCAACGAGGCCAAGCCGACUUGCGCUUACUGCCAGAGUGUAGGUCGUUCUUGUGUCUAUUCUCGGCAAAUUUCUUGGGGCGGGCGUCCAUUCAAGAAAUCACGGUUCGGCAAGUGUCUGGACUUGGGAGCAAGAGCCGUAAGCACUACGGUCUCUCGUCAUCAAUUGUCGGCGGGCAAGGAUUUCAUUUACACCUGUUCUCCCAAAAGAACAGACGACAACGGAAGCCGUGCGAGAAGUCUAUCUGAUUUCUCUCAUGAAACGCCGAACCCUCCACAAGCCUCUGCGCAUUGGGGCCUGGGACCUCAUACACCACAACGCCGAACUGCGUCUUUUACUGAUGAUAAUUAUGUUGAGGACUCGACCUCCUCUUCUGGAGAUUCUUUCGGACCUCAGUCACUGGCGAUGAUACCGACAAUACCGAAUGAAUUCAGACCACUCUUGGAUCAUUUUGUCCACGGAAUGACCAUAUCAAUUUCGUGCCACAAAGGAAUUCAAGAUGAAAUCUGCUCAACCAUUGUCCCCAUGUCUAUGCAAGUACCCCACUUGUUGUCCGCCGUCCUCGCCCUUGCUGCUGCUCACCGCCUGUCAUCCGGCCUUAGCGGAGAAGAUUGUCAAUUUGAGCUGAUGAAGGGGAAGAGUCUGAAGCAAUUGAGAUCUGCCUUGGACCGGUUCAGCCCGACAGAAAAUGAUCAAGUCCUUGCCACCACCCUGAUUCUAUGCAUGGCCGAAGUAAUAUCGCCUACUUCGAAUCUCUCAUCCUGGCGGUCGCAUCUUCAUGGCGCCGCUACUCUAUCUGCGCAUCAUAGCGUAUCCCGCGGCGCCAGUCUAUCUUCCACUUCAGCCUUCCUAAGAAGAAAAUACCAGGCUCUACAAGCAAUUGCUCUCGCUUGCGGGUCGAAAAGCUACCAGGGGCGCAUUUUAACGUCCCCGUCUGAUGAAUGUGAUGCUUAUAUUGACGAUCUAGCCGGAUAUUCCACGAAUCUGCUGCCCAUAUUCGAAGAGAUCAACAACCUGGGACAAAUACAGGAAGACUGUGUGUCCGACUUUUCCUGCAACUCUCCUCCGGGACCACCGCACUUUGACUGCAAUUCACGUGUGGAGCAUAAAUCCCACCUAUUGUUCGAUCGCAUCCGAACAUUGACGGCGCAAAGGCAGAUGUCUCGGACACAGGGUGAUGGAGAGCUUCCUUGGGCCAUCUACCAAGACCUUUACCUGCUAGAUGAAGCCUACCACCAUAUGGCGCUUCUUCAGGUAUUCCGGCGUGGGUCACUGUCGGUUCCUCUGCGGCUGAUCGAGGACAGCAGACAAUCAAUUCUGGCUUGUCUCACGGCCCUCACAUAUCAAGCCUGCCCCUGUCCGGGGGUUGCCGCUCUACCUCCGUUAUUCGUAGCGGGCACCCUGUGCACCAGUCAAUCGGAUAGGGACAAGGUGCGCAGUUUGCUGAAAAUCAUGUGGAUGAAUUAUGGCAUGGGCAACGUCAGAUCUUGCCAGACCGUCCUGCAAAAGUGGUGGAAGCACCAUGAUGAGAGCCCAGUCACUAGUAAACUGACUCUUUCAGAGCUGCGAAAUUGGCAGGGUAAGAUGGAGAAAUUCCUUGUUCUGUUUCUUCAAAAAGGGGUUUCCACACUGACAUGGAUAGGAGUUGAUGAUGAUGUCCUACCGUAUUGA